AUGGUAACAUUUUCGAUCGUUACUUUCUCGCUCAUAUGGAUUGCAUUUUCUGUACAUGCAGAUUUCCAGAAAAUUAAAUUCAAAAAUUGUAAAUCAGUAUUCAAUAUUACAAAUGUAGAAGUAAAUGGAUGUGUGGGCUCAUCGCAGCGCCAUUGUGCUUUCAGAAGAGGGACAACACCGCAUUUACGAAUUGAAUUCGUUCCAACACGAACAACAGAAACUCUUGAAACUGCAGUACGGGCAAAAAUCGCCGGUGGCGUUAUUGUAUCAUUCAAUUUGGAAGAAAAAAAUCCGUGCAGAGGUGGUAACCUGACGUGUCCUCUUGAGGAAGGCAAGACGUACUACUAUCAGCAAGGUGUCAGUAUACUCAAAGAAUAUCCUAUGGUGGAUAAUGUACAAAUUAAUUGGCUUCUCAAUGAUAAAAGCAACGACGGAGCUCUAAAUGAUGCUAACAAACGAGAAAUAUGUAUCAUAUUUUUAGCGAAAAUUAUUGAAUAA